CCUUUGCUGCGGGUGCUUGCUAGCUGCUAACAAAGUGAUCAACACAUCGCUAAGCAGCGCUCAAGUGAGUGUUGUGAUUGUUUGAAAAUGUGUAAAGUACAAAUGUUGAGAGCGUUGGUGAAUCAGCGACUAACAACGGCAGUUGAAGAAAUAUUUGUAGUGUUGGAAAGAACGAUAGCAGAGUACGAGGAGGAACUUUCUCGAACAAAAGAGGAGAACGAGCGGCAGCGUCAAAUACUGGACGCUGUUUUCAAGAAGCCUCGAGUUGUGUUAUACAGAGAAGAAGUCAGUGCAGAACAUCUUCCACCUGAUCACGAGGAGCCACAGCCCCCCCACGUUAAAGAGGAAGAGAAUGAUCACAGCAUCAGUCAGGAGAAAGAGCAUCUUGAAGGACUGGAGGAGUUUCCAGGGAUUGGUGUCCCUGUGAAGACUGAAGAUGAUGAAGACAAAGGUGAAAGUGAGGAGAAGAGAGGAGGGGAGUCUCCAAGCAGCCUCUCGACUCAACACAUGACAACAGAAGCUGAUGGAGACCACCGUGGAGGAUCACAAGCAGACAACCGAUUAGCACCACUAUCAGAUAAUGACAACACAACGUCACUCUCUCCUGACACUGAUGAUGAAGGUGCUAAAGCUGAUAUGACAUGUCACACUGACAACACACACUUUAAAUGCUCUCACUGUGACAAAGUGUUUAAAUACCAUUGUCAUAUGAAAACACACAUGAGAUUACACACAGGAGAGAAACCAUUCAUGUGCUUAUUGUGUAAUACAAGAUUCUCUCGGAAGGAUCUAUUGACAAUACACACAAGAAAACACACUGGUGAGAAACCUUUUACUUGUUCAGUGUGUAGUAAGGGUUUUGGAAAUAAUCAAUAUUUGAAAACACACAUGAGAGUACACACUGGUGAGAAACCUUUUACUUGUUCAACGUGUGGUAAGGCUUUUGGACGUAAUCAACAUUUGAAAACACACAUGAGAAUACACACUGGUGAGAAACCUUUUACUUGUUCAGUGUGUGGUAAGGUUUUUGGACAACAGUGUGAUUUGAAAGUACACAUGAGAAUACACACUGGUGAGAAACCUUUUACUUGUUCAGUGUGUGGUAAGGUUUUUGGAAAUCAUCGACCUCUGAAAGUACACAUGAGAGUACACACUGGUGAGAAACCUUUUACUUGUUCAACGUGUGGUAAGGCUUUUGGAUAUAAUCACUAUUUGAAAACACACAUGAGAAUACACACUGAUGAGAAACCCUUUCCCUGUUCAGUGUGUGGGAUCGGUUUUAGACAAAAUGGACAUUUGAAAGAACACAUGAGAAUACACACUGGUGCAAAACCUUUUGCCUGUUCAGUGUGUGGGAUCGGUUUUAGACAAAAUGGACAUUUGAAAGAACACAUGAAAAUACACACUGGUGAGAAACCUUUUGCCUGUUCAGUCUGUGGGAUCGGUUUUAGAAAAAAUGGACUUUUGAAAGCACACAUGAGAAAACACACUGGUGAGAAACCCUUUACCUGUUCAGUGUGUAGUAAAGAUUUUAGAGACAGGUAUACUGGGAAAAACACAUGAGAAUACACACUGGUGAGAAACCUUUUACUUGUUCAGUGUGUGGUAAAGCUUUUGGACAAAAUGAACGUUUGAAAACACAUGAGAAUACACACUGGUAAAGUGUUGAGUUGUAGUGUGUGUGCUGAAGGAUUCUCUUAUAAGUACCAGCUUAACAAUCACAAGUGUGCUGGUGAGAACAGCAGCAGUAAAUGAAGUAGCAGGAUGUGUAAAAAGCUGUCAAGAUUUGGGUAAUUUGGACUUUCUAGAAAGAAGAAACAUUUUACAUGUUCAUGGUCUGAUUUUGUUUUUGCACAAAAUCCAUCCAUCCAUCCAUUUUCUGUACUGCUUCUCUUUAAGGUCGCGGGGGCAUGCUGGAGCCUAUCCCAGCUGACUUUGGGCGACAGGCGGGGUACACCCUUGACUGGUGGCCAGCCAAUCGCAGGGCACAUAUAGACAAACAACCAUUCACACUCACAUUCAUACCUAUGGACAAUUUAGAGUCUGCAAUUAACCUCACCUGCAUGUUUUUGGGAAUGUGGGAGGAAGCCGGAGUACCCAGAGAAAACCCACACACGCAUGGGGAGAACAUGCAAACUCCACACAGAAAUGCCCUAGGGAGAAUCUAACCCAGGGCUUCCCGAUCUCCAGGCUGUUCCUGUGUUGGCCAACAUGCUAACCACUAGACCACCGUGCGGGCCUUUGCACAAAAUCGAUAUUUGAAAAUACACAAUGGAGAAAACCGUUUUACCUUUAUCUGUUCAGUGUGUGGUUAAGGGUUUGGACAAAAUAAACAUUUGAAAACACACGUGAAUAAACACUGGUGAGAGACUUCUUGUUCAAUGUGUGCACAAUCGACACAAUCCCAUCUCAUCACAUGCAUGGGUGGAGUGUGCUGGAUCGUGGCGCCUCCUGCCUGUUCCACGACACCUGUCCACCAGGCGGGGCUGCAAGGUUAGAGGCGUUGCGAAUGAGGAGAGGAGAGACUGGCGGGGCUGGUAGACGUG